AUGAGCGGGAGGUUUCACUGUUCCUGUCCUUUUUGCAUGUUGCAAAGAUUCCUUUACCCUCCAACUUCAGGGCCUUGGACAAUGAAGUUUCUGAGUUCAUCAAUCUGUUGUAUCAAGAAGGGGAGAGUAUUUCGCGUGCAGAAGCGAUUGUACCCGCGUUGUCGGCGGGAGCUGUGCAUUUCGCAACAGUGGUACACAAAUUGGACUAGAGAACAUGUCCCGACACGAGCAACCCCAUGCACAUGGGAGAUGGUCCAAGCAUUUAUUGGUUUGUGUCUUCGACAAAAGUGGCCUCAUUUGGGCCUGAUCUUUCUUUUGGGCUUCGUCUUCUUUUUGCGCAUCGGUGAAGUUAUUGGUUUAGCCUUGACAGACAUUGAAUGUGACCUGACUACCUCAACAGUCCUUAUCCGACUUGUCAAUACGAAAACUUCACGGCAGCAUCAGCAGUUUGUCGCACACACUGACAGUAAUUUUGCACUGCUUACGCAUUAUUUCCUUCGGUCUGUGGACCCGUCUAUUCCACUAUGGCCAUGUUCACUUUCUUACUUCCGCAUUUGUUUUCGUGCUGUGACUUCAUUUUUUGACCUUGAUGAAUUGAAUUUGGUUCCAUACAGUCUCCGCCGUGGCGGGGCUUCUUAUUUCUAUGGGGCUCAAAAAGCGUUGGACUUUGUGAUGAUUCAAGGCCGUUGGAAAGAUCAACGAACUGCCAGAUUGUACCUGGAUGACGCUCGGGCCUCUUUGAUCUCCAUGCAACUUUCUCCUACCUCUAAGGCACUGAUUUCCUCUUUCCGUGUCUCUUUUCUUCGUUUUUGUACUUCGCUUCGCAAAUGA